GAAGCAAUAAAAUCAAAUCAAAAUCAAAAGAAGAUUCAAGCAAUGAUUGAUUUACCGAUUCCAAAAAAUCCUAAAAAAACUCCUAAAUAUCAAGAUUCUUUUGAUGUUCUGAAAGAAAAGAUGAUUUCUGCUUCAGUAUUUGCUCAAUCAAUUUUAAAAAAUAAGUUCAUUUUACAAACAGAUGCUUUAGAUGAAGAUUUCAGAGUCAUACUUACUCAAAAAGAUGAAUAA